CUCUUUUUAAUUGAGACUGUCAGGCUGAAUCCACGAUGGAGCGAGAGGGGGCACGUAGCGGAUAUUGGAGGAGCAGCUCAGCCGCCUAAAUCCGACCAAAGAGCGGCAGCUUUUUUUUCCAGAGGAGGGCCGGCUGCCAGAGGCGCCUGGCAAUCCGUAGCUCCGCAGGAUCUUCCUCCCAGAGUAGGCAGAGGAACCGGAGGGAUUCGCUCGCCCGCACCUCCCGCUUAUAUCUCCAUUGGCAAGUGGAAGGGAAGCAGCCUAGCGGCGGGCAAAGCAACGGAACGCCGACUCCUUGGAAACGGCCGGAGCGCGACCCGCCGCCGACCCUCCAGCCGAUCGCCGCUUCGGGUCGCCUUCUCCCCCCUCCCUUUUUGUUCACUUUCCUUCUUGGUGGGUUUGGGGACGGCGGCGGAAUCCCCCCCCCCCGAGAGUGACUGGGUUUUCGGCGCGCGCGUCCCUGCUCUCUUCCCCUCCCCGCUCCUUUGCUCCUCGUCCCCUUGUGCGAUCCUCAUGAAAAAUCAUAUCUGGGGCAGCAACCCCCGGGCUCCCAUGGCUGCAGCGAUGCCGUGGAAGAGCGUGGAGUGGCUGCAGGAGGAGCUGGAAUCGAGCGGGGGCAGCUCGCUGCUGCUGCUCGACUGUCGGCCCCACGAGCUCUUCGAGUCCUCGCAUAUCGAGACCGCCAUCAACUUGGCUAUCCCGGGCCUGAUGCUCCGGCGCCUCAAGAAAGGUAAUCUGCCCAUCCGCUCCAUCAUCCCCAACAACGAGGACAAGGAACGCUUCGUUAAGCGCUGCAAGGCGGACACCGUCCUGCUCUACGACGAAUCCACGGCUGAGUGGCAGCAGGACGGCGGGGCCCCUACCUCGGUCCUGGGCCUUUUGCUACAGAAACUCCGCGACGACGGUUGCAAGGCGUACUACCUGAAAGGUGGAUUCAAUAAAUUUCAGACCGAAUAUUCAGAGCAUUGUGAAACCAAUCUUGACAGUUCUUCUCCAGCCAACUCUCCUCCUGCCUCUGUCCUUGGUCUGGGAGGCCUGAGAAUAAGCUCUGAUUGCUCUGAUGGAGAAUCUGACCGGGAACCCAGCAGUGCCACAGAGUCUGAUGGGAGCCCAAUCCCAAACAACCAGCCAGCUUUUCCUGUCCAGAUUCUUCCCUAUUUGUAUCUGGGUUGUGCCAAAGAUUCCAGCAACUUGGAUGUCUUGGGCAAAUACGGCAUCAAGUACAUUCUGAAUGUCACUCCUAAUCUUCCCAACAUGUUUGAGCACGACGGAGAGUUCAAGUACAAGCAGAUUCCCAUCUCAGAUCACUGGAGUCAGAAUCUCUCCCAGUUUUUUCCUGAAGCCAUCGCUUUCAUUGAUGAAGCCCGUUCCAAGAAGUGUGGGAUUCUAGUCCACUGCCUUGCUGGUAUUAGCAGGUCUGUAACAGUAACUGUGGCCUAUUUAAUGCAAAAGCUCAAUUUGUCUCUGAAUGACGCCUACGAUUUUGUGAAAAGAAAAAAGUCCAACAUUUCCCCCAAUUUUAACUUUAUGGGACAGCUUCUGGACUUUGAAAGAACUUUGGGACUCAACAGCCCAUGUGACAACCGCUCACCUGGGGACCAGCUUUAUUUUACUACCCCAACCAAUCACAACUUGUUUCAGCUGAACACAUUGGAGUCCACAUGAAGGAGAUUUUGUUGGGGGGACCUCAAACCUUGAAUAGCUUCUCUUGAGCAUUUCAAAUUCAUUAAUGGAAAAAGUUUUUCCAGUCAGCUUUGAAAGAACUGGUUUCUCCAAGCAGAUCUGCCUAGUUGCUGCUUAAUUGAAAAGGGGUGCACCAUUUAUUAGUAUUUGGAUGCAAAUCCAAAUGGUUCAGAAGUGUUACUUCAUUCACCAGAAUUAUUUCAUGGGGCAGAUGGCCUGACAUUCUGACUGUAGCUGUUACUGGCAAUAACUGUUUUCUAGUGUGUGAAGAGACUGAUACAAUACACUUCAUUCAUGCACAUGUACCACACACACGUGUAUUACUGGAUCAGUGUGGGUUGGCUUGGUGUGGAAAGCAAAGAAGACUCGUGCACUUAGCCAAUUUGACCAAUAAGUGUUGGCCCGAGACUGUUGUUUUACAUCACAGUUUACUUUUUUAAAAAGAGGUAAUCUUUACUCUUUCUUGGGGUCAAGCUCUUUUUCAAUAUGUAUGUUCCUGACUGUUUGUACAGACCAGGUUGCAAAACCAGUAUUUUAUUUUGUUCUUGUUCAAUUUUAUGUUUUUUAGAUAUAAGAGAGAGAAAGGAAAAAAUUCAAAUGUUUCUAUUGACCAAAUGCGUUUUGCACACUCUGUAAAGCCUCAAUAUGUUCUCUAGCAUGUUACUGGGGGUGGGGUGGGGAAAAGACAAAGGAAGACCUGUUGCUCUACUUGGGUAGCAUCUAGCUGGAGUUUUCAUUAUUUAUGAGAGCCAGCUAGCAAGUAUGCCCCUCCCCACCAUGUUCACCUUCACAAACAUUUCUGCACUGACUGCCAAGGUGACUAAGCACCAAUGUGCUUUCUGAUUAAAAACAAACAAACUUUGCCAAACCCUCCCCGGGUCCCAUCACCCCAUCCUAUUCUGUACCAAUCUCCACUCUAUUCAAUAUUACCUGAGUUAACAUCUUCUAUAACCUCCACCCAGAGGUGUUUAAAGCACGCUUGGAGGCUCUUGGUUGUAAUGCGCAACCUUUUUGACUGUUAACAUCACCAGCUGGCCUGAAAUCAUUCCAGCUUCCAAAGCAAUGAAAAUGCUAUUCAUGUUGUUAGCGUUUAUCUAGCACACUUGAUUCUUACAUAUAAAUGGGUGCAUAUAUAUGUACAAGUGUAUAUAUAUGAUACAUAUAUGUACAUAUAUAAAUAGCAUGGAAGGAGCAGCCUGGAAGUGAACAAAGAAUCAAAGAAUAUUGCUGUUGUAGAAGGCUUGAGCACAGACUUCCUAAGGCAGCUUCCCUCACCUGGCACUUUCCAGAUGGGUUGAGAUGACAAUGCCCAGAUUUCUCAUCCAGGUUAGUUUAGUCGAAGUCUUUCUGACAAUUCCGGGAAUUGGUGCCAGCAUGUGAAGGAAACCAGUUUGGGAAGUCAACUUGGGUACUACCAGAAGGUACUUUAAAUAGGAACCAUGGGAAGCCAUGGGAUUAUACUACUUAGGGAAAAACGAUGUUAAGUGUGUGUGUGAGAAAGAGGGAGGGAAGGCUAGUUAACUAUGGAGGCCAUUGGAGGUUUUUGGGGAGAAUUUUUUGGGGAGAACUUCUUUGCUGUGCCUUCUAUAACAAGAAGACUUGUCUAUAUUUCUCAUUAAUGUAUUAUACUAGAUGAGAGAAAAGUGGUGCUUAUUUUUUUUUUCUGGGAGGAGGGCAGAAUGGACGUUGAAAAUUAUUGGCUGCAGUGUAGUCCCUCCUUUUUCCCACCUCCCUUUCCACUUUCACACUCAAACUUUUAAAAGCCACGGAGUCUUUUCCCCCCUUAAAUAUUCAUUUUUUAAAAAUAUCCUUUUUUCAAAAGUAAAUAAAUCUCCACAUGGAAGAAUGUUUAAUGCUAUCACAUCAUGGAACUGUGAUGUGUGUGUGUGUGUGGGUGUAUGUGCUUUUAAGAAAAUAUUGGAAUGAUUUUUUUUUUUAAUGCAUCAAUGUUAGGGUUAUUGGGUCAUUUAGAGGCAGGAAAACGGAGCACUACACAUGGAUGAGCAAGCAGAUGAGGAAUCUCCUAACUGCAUCUUACCUCAAGGAGAAAUUUUAUUUAUCAGGGAUUUAGUGCAUCUGUAUCUUAAGCUGGUUUCUAUAAAGGCUUCCUGUCCCAAUGGUGGUCGACUUAAAAAUGCAUCCUCUUCAUAUAUGCGAGAAUUUGUUAGUGAGGGACAGCUUUUGCUUUCUGUGUUUAAUGAAGGAAAAAAUGAGUGACCCUAUAUAUCCUGAACCCAAUAUUGGGACUUUGUUUAUAUUGCAAAUAAAUACUAUUUUUUCUUUAAAAAACA